AGAACUCAAUGGCUUUCCUUAAGAAAUACAGUUUCGAUGGCAUUGUCCUCGAGUUCACCAACGGCUGGUCCAUCGACUAUAUGGAGAAAUACAUCAAAUUGGUGACUGUCCUCAAGGAGGACUUCAAAGCCAGUGGAUACGUGUUGGGGUCCGUGUUGGCCGCCCAGCUCCCUGGUUAUGAAAUCAAGAAAGUGAUCGAACAAGUGGACUUUAUUUCCGUGAACACCUUUGACUAUAAUGGCCCCUGGCACGAAACUCCCCCGCAAACCCCGACUGGCCAUGGUGCCUCGUUGACUGAUAUCAAAGCAUCCAUGACAAUAUGGGGUGACCAAAUUGACAAGGCACAAAUGAGCAAGCUACUGAUCUCACUCCCAUUUUAUGGACACACCUGGAAACUCGCUGACCCUACUGACCACAGCGUCGGUGCCAAAGCUAGUGAUAAGGGUCCUGCUCAACCAUUCACUAAUUCAUCCGGAUUAAUUGGUUUCAACGAGGUGAUGUUGAAAAUUAAAGAUAGUGGCUUGACCAUGGAGGAGGACAAGGAUGCUGGCUCAGUUUACUUUUAUAAGGAUGACCUAUGGAUUACCGUUGAGGUCGAUACCACCGUUAAGGCUAAGACCAAUUGGGCGACGACUGAGGGCUUCGGAGGGGUCACCGUUAGGGCCAUAAAUUACGACGACUUUAACGGUUACGUAACGACUAAAAAA